AUGUCUGUAAUUACUGAUAAUGAUGCUUAUAAACGGCGCGAGGGUAUUCUCAGCGUUGUUGCCGGUUUCUGUGUGUUUGUCAAUUCAUGGGGAUUGAUCACGACAUAUGGUGCUUUUCAGGAAUACUACCAAACCGUCCUUUUUCGCGAUGAAACUCUUUCUGCUCUAUCCUGGGUCGGAAGUAUCCAGGCCACUCUCAUUGUCAUGGUUGGCAUCGUGACUGGUCCAUUAGUCGACUCUGGAUAUCUCCGUCCGUUGAUUGUGACGGGCAGCUUUCUGGUCGUGUUUGGAAUGAUGAUGACCAGUCUAGCUACACAAUACUAUCAAGUCCUUCUAUCUCAAGGCUUCUGCGUCGGAAUGGGUGGAGGCAUCGCAUACAUCCCUGCUCUUGUUGUCAUCUCCUCCAACUUUACCACCAGACGCCCUAUCGCCAUCGGCUGUGCCUCUAUCGGAUCGAGUGUAGGCAGCGUCAUCUUCCCAAUCAUGUUCCGCCAGCUGCAGCCUCGUAUAGGCUUCCCCUGGACUGUCCGCUGCAUUGCCUUUAUCAAUCUCUUCAUGGCGAUCAUCACCUGCGCCAUUCUCUGCCGUCAUCCAGGCAAAAAGACACGCGCACGAAGCAUGAUCGACUGGAAGGCCUUUAAGGAAGCCCCAUUCACCUUAUUCUCCGUGUCUUUAACAUGCGUCAUGUUGGCAUAUUACAUCCCCAUCUUCUACGUCGCCUCCUACGCCCGCACAGCGCUGCACACACCCCAAAAUCUCUCCACCUACCUCGUGUCUAUCAUCAACGGCGCCUCUGCUUUUGGUCGAACACUACCCUACCUCCUCACAUCGCACGUCAAGCCCAUCUGCGUCGUGCUAUUUGGCACCUCCGCCGCCGCCAUCGCCAUGUACACCUGGAUCGCAGCAACAAACACACCCGGCUUCAUCGUCUGGGCAUGUUACUGGGGAUUCCUCAGCGGCGUCCUCGUCACAGGACCUACGUCAUCAAUAGCCCAUCCCGCCCUCUGCCCUGAUAGCGAUUUCCUCGGUACGAGAAUGGGAAUGAUGUGGGGGAUUAGUUCGUUUGGGUCGUUGGUGGGCACGCCGAUUGCGGGGGCGUUGGUAAAUAUUUCCGAGGCGUAUUUUUUGAAGGCGCAGAUAUUUGCGGGAUGCUUGAUGGUUGGCGCUGUGCUGUUGCAGCUGUGGCCUACGAUUGUGGUUGUGAAGUAUAAGGAUAAAUAGACAUACAGUGAUUGAAAUAUGAGUUCAUUU